AUGUCACACUUAAAUAAUAUACCGCUUGCUGAUUUAUCGUGGAAUAUACCGGGAGAAAUUGAUAUCGUUCUUGGCGCACAACUUUUUCCUUAUAUUUAUUUAGGAGAUAGGAUAGAAUCUGGCAACCGCUCACCGCCCGCUAUAUUAACUAGUUUUGGUUACGUUUUGAUGGGAGACAUUGAGUAUCCUAGUGACGUAAUACCUACUACAUGUAAUACAUCUUCGUUCACCGCGCUCGCUAACGUUGACAUUGAGUCAAGUCUGCAGAGGUUUUUCGAGUUAGAAGAAAUUCCGUCUCAACGUUUUAUAAGUCCGGAAGAGUUAGAAUGUGAAAAUAUUUUUAAUUCUACUGUCAUUUUUAAAGAUAAUAGAUAUUUUGUCGAUUUACCGUUUUCGCGAAACCCCUCCGGUUUAGGUAAUUCUCGCGGUGUCGCUCAACGGCGUUUGCUCGCGCUCGAGCGUAAAUUCGCGUGCGUGCCAGCCCUGCGCGAGAGUUAUAAUAGAAAUAUAUCGGAUUAUAUUUCUCAGGGGUAUUUAAGCGAGGUACCUGACUCUGAAUUAACAGAAGAGGGUUAUUAUAUACCGCAUCACGCCGUGGUCAGGCCUGAUAAGGACAACAUCCGCGUCGUUUUGGACGCUAGUGCUAAGACGCAUACGGGGCUGUCACUCAAUGACACUUUACAUGUGGGUCCUAACUUG